UGGUGGCUUUAUCAAGUAUCAACCAACGACCUAAACACUUAUUUUCUUCUUCUUCUUUUGUUUCUGUUUCUCUCUCUCUCUCUCUCUCCCUCUCCCACGUUUUCAUGCAUCUCUCUCCUCCGAUCCGUCUCACUCUUCCCUCUUUCCAAUUCGAAUAGGCCCCAAUUGACUCACCAAAUCCGAUUCCGAAACGCACCGUUUAGAUCCAUCCCCCCACAUGGAGAUGGCCACCAGUCCCCGAACCGUCGAGGAGAUCUUCAAGGAUUACGGUGCUAGAAGAGCCGCCGUCGUCCGUGCUUUGACUUAUGAUGUUGAUGAAUUUUACGGACUCUGUGAUCCAGAAAAGGAGAAUUUGUGUUUGUAUGGACACCCGAAUGAGUCCUGGGAAGUGACGCUUCCGGCAGAGGAAGUCCCGCCGGAGCUUCCUGAGCCAGCGCUUGGGAUCAAUUUUGCAAGGGAUGGCAUGAACCGCAAGGACUGGCUUUCCCUGGUUGCUGUUCAUAGCGAUUCUUGGCUGCUUUCUGUGGCUUUCUAUUUUGGAGCACGACUUAAUCGUAAUGAGAGGAAACGACUUUUUAGCUUGAUCAAUGAUCUGCCUACCGUCUUUGAAGUUGUGACGGAUAGGAAACCCGCUAAAGACAAGCCUAGUGUGGAUAGCGGAAGCAAAUCCCGAGGCAGCACAAAGAGAUCUGGUGAUGGAAUAAUGAAAAGCAACCCUAAGCUAGCAGAUGAGAGUUUUGAGGAGGAGGAUGACGAACAUAGUGAAACUCUUUGUGGGAGCUGUGGCGGAAAUUACAAUGCAGAUGAAUUUUGGAUUGGCUGUGACAUCUGCGAAAGAUGGUUCCAUGGAAAAUGCGUGAAGAUAACACCUGCCAAGGCCGAGAACAUCAAGCAAUACAAAUGCCCGUCUUGCAGCUUGAAAAGGAGCAGGCAGUAGUGGUCACUCCGUCACUCAGACCUGUGAGGGAAAGACAAAUAGGCGUGCGUCGUCUCAGUGGCUGACAGAGUAGCAUAGAAAUGUCACUAUUUAAUGUAAUGAAUUUGUUGUUGUGAUGUUUGUUUAUAAUAGAUGCUUUUUCAAAGGGGUUGAAGCCUGCCUUCUUCUCCCAUGGAACAUUUCUCCAGCUUUAUAUUAUCUUCCAGUUAUUAAUUUAUGACAAAUGUAUGAAUAACAUUUGCUUCUUUUUAGUGUUAAUGUUAUGUUUCGUAUUAAGUUGAAAGUGA